UGGAUGGUACUUCUCGCCUGGAAUAAAGAAGCGGUCGCAACGUGCUGGCUAUUAUACGUCCAGCAAACAAUAAAGCAAUAAGUCGUUAAGUAAAUGAAAUCGAAUAACUGUAUAGAUUAUGGGUAAAAAUAAAGAUUACAAAAAACACAGGCGAAAGCAGGAACUAGACGAAGUCAUUCCAGAUGAUGUUAAUGAUGAUGUUGAGACAGAUGGAGUACCAGCUGCAGCUAGCCAACAUCUUUCAGAAGAUACUACAAAAGAAGAUGAGUUUGGUGCCAAAGAUUAUCGUUCUGUCAUGCAAUUACGGGUUGAUCAUAAUUCUAGACCUUUAUGGGUGGUAAGUAUAAAAUGAUUAACAAAGAUUGACAAAUAUAGAACAAAGAAUAAAAUUAUAAAUUAAACAGCUAAACAAUGAACUGCAACCUUUUGCAGU